CAGACGACCACAUUCCUACCAGUUUCUUGAUCUCUCGCUGGAGAGUGUUCUACUUUACCUUGAAUCCAGCAACUCGGAGAGCCUCUUGUAUCUUGAUUCGGCAUUCUUGACUGUUCAGGUUCUCAUCGGCGUGCUGUUCCGCCACAGACUGACCUCCAUCUGGAUUAUCAAUCUCGAGUCUGCGACCAUUUCCUCCUCUCCCUACCUUUCGCCUUUCUAUCCUCUUUGCUUUGAUCUCUUCUCCACCUACGAGUCACCAUGGAUCGCUUCAACCGAAUGCUCGCCGCAGCGCACAUGGGUGGCACCCAGGCUGGCCAGGACACGAACUUAGUCGACAACUCCGAGACCGUCUACAUUUCCUCCCUCGCGCUCCUAAAGAUGCUUCGCCAUGGCAGGGCGGGUGUGCCAAUGGAAGUUAUGGGCCUUAUGCUCGGCGAGUUUGUGGAUGACUUCACUGUCCGAGUAGUCGACGUCUUCGCAAUGCCGCAGUCUGGAACUUCCGUCAGCGUCGAAUCCGUUGACCCGGUCUUUCAAACAAGGAUGAUGGAUAUGUUACGCCAGACAGGUCGACCAGAGGUGGUGGUGGGAUGGUACCACUCCCAUCCAGGCUUUGGAUGCUGGUUGUCCUCCGUCGAUAUCAACACGCAACAAUCGUUCGAACAACUAACCCCCCGCGCCGUCGCCGUCGUUGUCGACCCUAUCCAGUCUGUGAAGGGCAAAGUCGUCAUCGACGCAUUCCGGCUUAUUAACCCCCAAGCCAUCAUGAUGGGCCAAGAACCCCGCCAAACCACGUCGAAUUUGGGCCAUUUGAACAAACCCUCCAUCCAAGCGCUGAUCCACGGCUUGAACAGACAUUACUACAGCAUCGGAAUCCAAUACCGCAAGACCGGCCUGGAAGAGAACAUGCUCAUGAACCUCCACAAGGAAGUCUGGACCGAGGGUCUCGAAUUGCCCUCCAGUUUUGGCUCAGAACGCAAAAGAAACGAGGAAGGCCUGAAACAACUCGUUCAACUUGCGGAGGGCUACGAGAAACGGGUACGAGAAGAGAACGAAUUGACCGCUGAACAACUCAAGACAAGAUACGUAGGGAAGGUUGAUCCGAAGAAACACAUCGAGGAUGUCGGACAGAGAUUGAUUGAAGACAAUAUAGUCGCAGUGAACAGGCAAAUGAUCGACAAGGAGGCAAGUGUGGCGAAGAAGCCCAUCCAAGCAAACGGCAACGGCGCAAACGGUGCCCAUCGAGACGGAAUGGGGCAGAAUGGAGAGAUGGACGUGGACGAAGAGCUGUGAGCUGUGAGCGGUGGGCAUCGGGGCUGGCGCGGCUUGUAACUUGUAUCUAUCCGUCAGGGCAUGCAUGCACGGCGUUGGGCUUCACAAAGAGCUAAGAGUUUACAAGUGAUCUUUGAAUGACUCUGGGUUUGGGUCCAGGAACAAGAUACAAAUAGGACUUGAAGGAUCCACAAGGACUGUUACGAAGUAGUAGUUGUAUUAAUGCCGGUCUUUACCAAAAUGCCAGCUUAACUCCAGCCGGGGUGGUGAU